AACCGCGCUAAGUACAGGUCACAACAAGUCAAAACAUAUGACGUUAUACAUAUAAAAAAGUAUCACAAAUGAGGUGGAAAGCAUAUGUCACUGAGAACUCAGUAUCCGACAGAAAGAGAGAAGUCUGGGCGUAACGUUAGUGACGCUAGCAGCUGCAGGUAUGAGGGAAGAUUUGGAAGAGGAAACAAACAAAAGGGUGUAUAAGGCACCUAGAUGGGAACAGCACCUUGUCUAGCGAAGAAAUAGACGUAAUUUAAACAUUAAAGUAAAAGUGCUUUGCUGAUUUGACGACUUGUGGUAUCCAACUUGCACCAUGCAGCAGUGACAUCUAGCGACUUUAUUUCAAACUGCCGCCCAGAUUAUGACCUCAUUCUCCCAUGGUGCCUCGUCACCUGCGAUGCCCUAUGACGCACUGCUCCAAGAUGGCGGCGAGGGUUUGGAGAUGAUCGACUUGAUGCUCUUGACAUUGGGCCCCGUCUCAAGAAAUCUAGAAGAAACCUCACAGGUGAUGAGACCAACCUUACAAAGCAACCGAAGAGUGACUGUCCAUGUUCCAGUCAGCUGCAGAUACCAGUAGGAAGUUUCAUGGACUGAUGAAUCUAUCAACAUCGUGACUACAACUGACCACCUCUACCCCCUGAGAGCCCAAUCUUCGACAGGACACCGUCCAAAUCCUACAGAUAAAAGUGAACUGUGCAGGACUUGGACUGGGAAAGAGCAACUGUCAGAAGACAUGAACCGGAUGAGCGAUGAUGUCAUGGCUUAAGGACAACGUGACGGAGCCUGUGAUGUCAUCCAUGGCGGGGAUUUUCGCGCCGCGGAACAGCCUGUCCAUCACCAACUCCAAGGGCCUGCUGAACGCCCCCGGAGAGAACAACUGCUUCCUCAACAGCGCAGUGCAGGUCCUUUGGCACCUGGAUGUGUUCAGACGAAGCUUCCGCCAGCUGUCCGGCCAUGCCUGCAUGGGGAACUCCUGUAUCUUCUGUGCGUUGAAGGUCAUCUUUACCCAGUUCCAGUACAGUGACGAGACGGCACUCCCACCGGAUGCUCUGAGAAAAGCGUUGGCUGAAACCUUCGAGGACCAACAGAGAUUUCAGCUGGGGUUCAUGGACGAUGCUGCCGAAUGCUUUGAGAGCAUCUUGCUGCGAAUCCACUACCACAUUGCCAACGAGGUCAAAGAGGACAUGUGCAAUGCCAAACACUGCAUCUCUCACCAGAAGUUUGCCAUGACUGUUGUUGAGCAGUGCAUGUGUGGAUGUGGUGCCACGUCGGAGCCUCUGCCCUUCACACAGAUGGUCCACUACGUGUCCGUCACCGCCAUGAUAGCCCAGGGAAAGGAGAUGUUAGACAAGACGAAGAAGCCGUACCCCGAGAUGUUUGGACAGCUGCUGAAGAAUGCAGGAGGGGUCGGUGACCUUAGAAACUGUCCUAGUAAUUGUGGAGAGAGGGUGCAGAUCAGGAGAAUGUUAAUGAACUCCCCUGAAAUAGUGAGUCUGGGCCUGGUGUGGGACACAGACCAGCCCACAGUGGAGCACAUCAUGGACGUCAUCAACUGUCUGGGGACCACUAUCCGGCUCGUAGAUGUUUUCCACUCCGUGGUGGACGACUCUGCGGCAGGGAAGGUCCUGCACCUGGUGGGGGUGGUGACGUACUACGGCAAGCACUACUCCACCUUCUUCUUCCACACCCGCUUGAAAACGUGGAUCUACUUUGAUGAUGCCACAGUGAAGGAGAUCGGCAGCAAAUGGAAGGAUGUUGUGGAGAAGUGCAGGAAGGGCCACUAUCAGCCGCUGCUGCUGCUGUUCGCCGAUCACUUCGGCUCUCCGGUCAACACGGAGACCGCUCCCACCGAGACCACCAUGCUGCCGGGCUACACCCACGGGGAAGGUGCACAACGUCUGUCCAAGAUGAGCCCUGCUGUGUCUCCAACGCACCACAAGAGCAAGUCUUCCUCCGCCAGCGGCCAAUCCGGCUACACAUCCCACACCCUGGGCAAGUCGGACCACUCCGGCUCCUCCCACAAGGAGUCCAAGAGGAAGUCGGGCGGCUCGGACACGGCGAGCGUGAAGUCGCAGAGUUCGCAGAGCUCCAGGAGUUCCCGCAGCUCCAGCAGCCACGGGCAGUAUGUCAUCAACGGGCCGGUGUCCCCGAUCUCUGGGAAACGGGACUGGGAGAACGGGCAGGCGUCGCAUCCGAUACAGCCUGACUCCAGGCCGGCACAAAAGGACGGUGCGAGUAAGAAGACAGUGCUUGUGAGAAAGGACAGUGCAAAGAAAGGGAAAGACAGGGUAAAAGCUGAUUACGUGCGAUACCAGAGAAACGAUAGUAAUGAGAGCAAGAGCACUCCUUCGUCGCCGACGGGUAGUUUUGAUAAUGAUCUGUUUGUGCAACAGACUAGUGCGAGGAGACAACCGCAGGGGGCUGAGGCCAUCGCAAGCGUUCCCAGUCACGUCCAAAGCUCUUCUUCCAGCCAUCGGUACAUUCAGAGUGAGGUCGGUACCUACGGCAAUCCCACCAGUAGUCAACCAGCGUACAUGCCUGUGUCCGCUGCGGCCAUGCAGCAGUCGAGUCCGUACAACGUGAAGGGGACGGACAACAUCAAAAUGGUCCCACAGAUCGACUACAGAACGUUUCAGCCAGAGACUCAGCAGAAUGUACAAGUAAGUAGUGUACAGUCUAAUCAAAGAACUGGAAGCCCCUAUGCGUCAGGGCCCUCGCAGGACUUGAUACAGCUGAAACCGCAGGAAGAUUUCAGGCAGAGCCUUCUGCAUAGUCCGCAGAACACAAAGGGGCUUGUCAUGACAUCACCGAACAGGCCGCAGGACCGCCGUGCCUUGCUGCAGAGGAAGAACAGCGCCCCAAAUUUCCCCACCUUCAAGCAGAACCUGUCUGUUCACUCCAGUGACCCUUCCAUUGGGAACAUUGCCGCGUCAAACAGCCACGGGGAUCUAGUGUACCUUACCCAACAGGGGCCUGGGAGCCCGCAACCUUACGGACCUGAAGCAAGUAGUAGAUCUGUGAGCGAGAAAAAUGCAACUCACAUCCCUCAAACGAGCCAGCCUGCGGAAUACAACCAGAGCCCUGCGGCUAGAAGUAGCGGCGCGUCCGCAAACUACAGCAUGGUGCAGUCCAAACCACAGACGGUAUACGUGGGGGACAGGAUGGACGGUAGAACUCCGGUGCCCAGUUCGGAGUACCAGCCGAUGCCAUACAAUCCACAGGUGGAGGAGUAUCAAAGGCUGGCCCUCCACAGACACGGCUCGCAGAAGGAAAACGGGCCGCCGCAUGUCGGCAACCAGGCCAUCUAUUCCAGGAGCAGUGAGGAGAGUUCGGGGUCGUUCACUAGCGUGGAGGAUCAGCAGAGAGUGCCCCAGCCGAACCCAAACUACUGUUACGUGUCGGCUGGUAGGCAAGGGGGGGACAUCAUGCAGGGGGCGAGCGCCGCGGGGGACUGGAGGGAUUCCGGCUACCGCAGUGGGGAUCGGAACAGUGCCAGCUCGACAAGCAGCUUGUCAUUUGAGUCCCCCAGUAUCGAAGGGUCCUACACUAUGGCGCCCCAGGGCAACAACCAGGACAACUUAAUUGAGUUUUCGCUACCACCGCAGCAGCAAGGUCAGGGGUCAGUGGCAGGGUCCUCUGCAGGUCAAGGUUAUCUAAGGUCACCAGAGGGCAAACACAAGGGUGGCAAUGACCUGAUUGACCUUGGACAAGAGAGUCCAGGAGGUGUUGGUGACCCCUGUAUAAGACUGUGUCAGGAGGCAGAACAGUUGCUGCUCAGAUCGUGCCAUGUGGAGGCGGCCGGUGAUCUCGCCUCGGCACUCUGUCUUUGCACCACAGCCAUCGCUCGCCUUCAGACCGCCGUGAACGUGGCGGGAUCCAACGCCCAGUCCCUGGCCUACGCCAAGCUGAAGUACGACACGUGCAUGAUGCGGUCUCGCAGUCUCCAUCGCCGCCUCCUUAUCCGCAGGCAGCACUCUUCUCCUGUCGAGGAGCAUCGUACCAACUGGAACGACAGCCUGGACAACGUUGUCAAGAGUUUGCUGGGGAUAGGCAUGAGUUGCAUUUGUAGCACCAACCUGAGCCCCACCAACAGUCCGGACAGCAUGUACACCCGAGCCAACAACCGCCCCACCGACGUCCCGCCGGACCUCAUCCAGCUGGAGGACCAGCGCCCCAGCUGCCAGAACGUCCUGCAGCAGAAGGUGCGCGAGCUGUACCUGCAGAAGGGGUACGGGGGCUACAGCACCAACCUGCAGGCACAGAGACACGCCCAGAUGGCUGCAGCUAGAGUACAGCAGGUGCCAAGAGGUGCUGCAGUACCGGCGGCAGCAGCGGCUGUUCCAGGGGGCGCUGUGGGUGGGAGUGUCUUGGGUUCAGCUGGAAACAUGGGCGCACACUUUGCAAGGAGCAGCCCCUCGGGUGCAGCUGGAAACGUGGGCGCGCAUUUUGCAAGGAGCAGCCCCUCGGGUGCAGCUGGAAACGUGGGCGCGCAUUUUGCAAGGAGCAGCCCCUCUCCUCUCACCAGAACCCGCAGUAUGGAGGACACCAGGAGGGGCAGCCGACCCAAGACACCUGAACAUUUUUAUUCAAAGGAGGAGAGACAGAGACUUGAGACGACCAAUUCCAACUACGUUGUUUUUCCAAUGAAGGGACAGGCAGUGAGAGGACAGCGGGCACCGGCGGAGGGGGCCAUGCCACCUGGGGAGGGUGCUGGUUCACAGAAGGAUUCCCAAGGACAACAGGGGAUGCAGUAUACUAGAGAUCCCCGACACAGGGCCAAGCUACGACACCUCCAGAGAAGACACUCACACCACGAAUCCAUGCAACCAAGGGUAGCUGCGGACGAUCAGGCCGCCCCGGUGCGGCCCCGGUCCAGAACGCCCGAACCCUCGCCCAGGGCGCAGCCUCGGGAGGACAACAGGAGGUCGAAAACCCCCACCCCAGGGGAGAUGAGUCAGAGGAACAGACCAAUGCCUCAUGCACAGAGAAGAUCCAAGACACCCACUCCCGGCAUGGUGGAGGGAAGUCGUUCCAAAACGCCCACCAGGACAACAGAACAGUUCUACGAGUCAAGAAGACCCCCACAGGGCCUUCCCAGACCUCGACCCGUGGUGCCCAACGGGCCGGUGGUGCGCAGCAACAUCCAAACUCGCCCUCCCGACGGCAUCCAGGGGCAGGGGGAGCAUCCCAGGCCGAGCCAGAGGCAGAACGUCCUACACGCAGUCCAGGUGGGGGGCAACGGGCCAAGCGCGUUCACCACGAACGUUCCUAUUUACACGUCUGGGAGUCAGAGACAGACCGAGCAGCCCAUCUACGUGUCCAUCGAUCACAGUCGCGGCAGACCAGCCGCCCACGCCCAGGCAGUGUCGGAGCAAAGGAGGGGGAGGGAAUCCAGGAGAAGGGAUCGAGACUACAUUCCUAGUAGUGCUACUCAUUAUGCAGUUUAUGGAGCUACCAGAGAGCAGUUGCUUCAGUCUCAAAUGGACGCAGAAAGGCUGGGCCUUAGUGGAAGACAGGUGGGUGACAAUCAAGCUUCAACUGCUUUAAGGGGGCAGCUCAAGUAUGGAGAAGGACCACUGUAUGGUCAACAACUGCCCAGUAGGCAGCCGGAGGGAGCUGAGGGAAUGGUGGGGACAUCAACGGACAAAAGGUCCAUCAGUGCUGGUAACUUAAGGAAUCUUGUUAAAGAGCAGGGUGCGGCCAGUUAUGGGAGUACCUCAAGAGGAGUGCCGAGACCAGAGGGUAGACAUCCAAACGAGCUGUACAUGAAGGUUCCAGCUGACAGGGAUGGUAAUGCUGCUGCUGUUUCACCGGAACAGCAACAAAUGUUGAAGCAUGAGCAGCAACAAGCAGCAGCCUGGGAGCAACAGCAGUUAAUGGCCCAGGAACAGCAGCAGCAGCUGAUGACGAACAGCAGCAGCAGCUGAUGACCCAAGAACAGGAACAGCAGCGAUUCAUGACCCCGGAACAGCAGCGAUUCAUGACCCCGGAACAGCAGCGGUUCAUGACCUCUGAACAGCAGCGAUUCAUGACCCAGGAACAGCAGCAGCUUAUGACCCAGGAACAGCA